CCAUUUUCUUUCUGUUUACAUGUGGGUACCAGCCCUGCUCGUGUGAAUCUUGUGGCACACCGACAAUUUUGAAAUAUGGCUUACAAACUAUCGGUAGCUAAUGAAGCUACCAAAAGAACUUUGAUCUCGCAAUGUAGAAGAAUAUCGAGCUAUUUUCAACCUAGUGAAAGUGAAUAUGAAAGUAAACCUGUGUAUCCUCCAAUUUUAGACUUGAGUUAUGAAGCAGUCAGGGAGAGAAAAGUUGAAGCAGUUGCUAAGAAGAUUACUGAAUUAGAAACGGUUGAAGAAAAGCUAUUGGAGCUUAAUGCACCCAAAUACUAUGGAUGGUGGGCUUGCCAUCUAAAAGAACGAGUUGUUUCAUAUGAUGCCCUACCAUUCACCCAGUUUGCCACUAGGACUUGCCUCACGAAUGAACUGCCAUCAAUCUAUAAUGAUGUAGAUGAGAUUGCAACAAAGUCUAUUCCUGUUGUCAAAGAGAAAUUGAAUGAUUUGCUUCUUCAAGAGUUUGAAUAUGUUGAACAAAGAACUAACCGACGUGGAGAAACAAACACAUUGGCAACUGAAGAGGAUAGAUUUUCAAGGAAUUUCAUACCAUUGCUGAAUAGAAUGCUAGUCACUGUUCUCAGUCCAUUAAAUAAUGAACUUCAAUUGACUGACAUUGAUUUAAAGCCACGGUUGGAAGCAUUUUGGUCACUAGGAGGAAUUGAGCCAGACAAAUUGCUAAGAAAAGUCCGUGAAAAUGAUAAAUUAAAUGAAAAAAUCAAAGUUGAUGAACCCAUUGACAGGCCUAUUCAAUAUUAUGGAUCCCCAUGCCUGAAUCUGAGGCAUUCAAAACCCCUUCCUCAGUUACUUGAUAGAAACAGUGGCCUUAGUACGGAGGGGAGCAUUCCUAGUUGGAACUUGGAUCCACGCGUCAUGGGAUAUAAAUACAAGCAUUGCCGUGCGACAAACGUGCCAGGAUUCUGGCCGGGCACAGAAGCUCAACAUGGGUAUCUAUCCUAUUUAUCUCGUGGUUAUCUGAAACAACGGGACGAACAGUUAACAACCUCCGACCAUCAAGAGGCAUUACAUGUUCAAGCUAUUCUCCAUUCCUUUGCCUGGACUUUAUCACAAGCUUGUUAUUUAGGUUUUGGACCCUACACUGAAUUAACGUAUCCAAUCAGCACACAAACUAUCAUCACCAACGGACAGUACUAUUCAUUUUCUGCGUAUCAGCUGAAUACUUGCGCUCUUUAUGGCAAGCAUUCUGGCCCUAUCAAUCCUCACCGCAAUGUGUGCUUUAGCACUAAUGAAAUGAAGCUCUUUGAUGUUAUAGAAAGUGGACAGGUUAAAGGAUUCAAUGAUGACGUUCUUAAAUCUUUGAUUAAGUUCUACCUGAUCAAACCAGCUGAGCCUCAAGUGAACCUACGACCGUACUUGAGCCCCGAAUUGUACAUUAGUAACGUAAGCGAUACCGCCAGGCGUCAAAAAAUAGAAACAAAUUUCAAAUACCUGUACACCAAUCGACCACGCCAUGUACUGAAAGACGAAAUUUACCAUUGGGAAAAAAUUUACAAAAUUGAUCAUAAAAUGCGGCCAAUGGAGAAAAAGGUGCGGUUCUUUGAAAUCGGAGGCAAAGCUCCAGGUAUGCGACGAUUGGACGAAUUUAUUCCACCUUAUGUGCCCAAGGCAUUGCAAAAUCCACCCAAAAAGUCAAGGCGAGGAAGACUACCAGUUCAGCCGUCUAUCAAACUCUAGGUCAUAUUCAUUACGGGAGCAACAACGAUUGAUGUAUUAACAAGGAGCAAUGAUAAUAAGCAUGGGAUUAAGAACGGUUUGACACGGACACUUUAGCCAAUUUUUCCAGAGCCUCAUAGAUCCGUGUUGUUUCGGCUGCCUGUUGUUCUGCAAUUUCUUCCCUUGCAGUAGCGGAUUUAGUUGAUUUGGCAGUCUUUCCCUGCGCCUCCCACACCACUAAAGAAGAAGCAAAUGAUUUGAAGUUAA